CUACACCUACCACCAGGCGUGGUCAUGAUGUAAUGAGGGACUUCUCUUCUCCACUCUUCUUCAUCUUUUAAGCAUUUCCUAGUUCCCACAGUCUCAGAUCAACUCACAGAGACACGAUGAGCUCUAAACUCGGAGGAAGGAACGCAGUAGAGACCAAAAGCCUCAGUGAACUUCCUUAUAAAUCGCUGAAGGACCUAUCUGACCGACUGGACCAGCUUAGAGAUGGAAAGACGGCGUAUUGGCGUGAACUAGCCAAAGAGAUGGACUAUACCUCAAUCAUGAUAGAGAACUUUGGUCUGAGUGCUAACAAGCCUAAUGGUAGCCCGGGAUACUCGCUGCUACUUGACAUGAGUAACAGAGGCGUGACGUACGACCAAUUGAUAACAAUGUUAAAGAGAAUACACCUUUAUGAUGCAUUAGCAACACUAGGACAUAAAGAGGAUGUGCGUAUUGUAAAGCAACCUACCUCAACUCCCGUAAUGGUGGGACAGAGACUGGAGCUUACCUGUGAAGCUGAGGGCAUCCCUCGUCCUAAGUAUCUGUGGUUUAAAGGUCAGAAACCUCUCACUGAUCAAAGGGUCUCUAAACUAGUGAUAGAGAAUAUCACACUUGAACAUGGUGGAGUGUACACUUGCAGAGCUGAGAACGAAGCCAACUUUGUCUUUAGCCAAUGGGUAGAAGUACAGGUACAAAGCCCCAUCACAAAGAAAGGGCCAGUCCCCUCUGGAGCAAUGAAUCCAGAUACUCCAAAGAUUGUGGAACAUCCAGUAGCUCAAGUCCUUGAAGUUGGAAACAAGUUAUUCCUAACCUGUCAGGCCCAAGGUGUCGGCCCGUUGACGUACCAGUGGUUUCGUAACGGAGAGGCAUUGAUAUACGGGACUAAACAAGACCUGGUCAUCAAUGAAGUACAGAUGGCUGAUCAAGGAGUGUAUGUAUGCUGUGUGAAGACUAGUAAUGGAUCUAGUGCACUUACCAAAGGAGCUGAGAUUGUUGUCAAUAUGAAUGCUCCCUUUAUUCAUUCCCCACAAUAUCAUCAACCAACACCGCAACAGAUGCCUCCUCCUCCUCCUCAUCAAGCAGAUAUGCGAAGAGACGGAGGUCAUCGGGAUUUACCACACGGUCCACCAUUCCCUGGUCCUCCUGGUCCCUUUUCUCUCCAACCAGGACAAGGACAGCGUCUGUUACAGGAUCCAGUCCCUUACGAUCAUCAGAUCAUUAAUAACCCUCACAUAAUGGGUGGGGCCGUGUCUCCGAUGAUGUCGCCUAGUAACGGAAUACCUGAACGUAUUCCACACUCUUUUCCAAUGAGUAAUCCCGGACCUCCCACCUUACAUGGAGUAAGACCUGAUCACAGUGUACCUGGAGAAGGUCGUGGAGAUCCGUCCAUUAAUCCAGCCAGCUCUUUGGAGCCACAGGGACAGGGAAUGGACUGUGGGCCAAUGGGACAAGAUUAUAGCAUCAUUGAUAGACCCUGCUCAGAUAAGGUCGCAUUACUCAUUGGUAACAAGGACUACAGGGUCAAGACACUGAAGCUCAAUACGCCAGAGAACGACACUCAAGACUUGGCUGGGAUACUACGCAGUGCUGACUUUAAAGUCGUUAGUCUUGUCAACCUAACAAAGAAAGAAAUGGAAGACGCCGUGAAAUACUUUACUACACUAAUAGGACCUAACGUAUACGCUCUGUUCUUCUUUGCCGGUCACGGGUUUGAGCUCAAUAACAUGAAUUACAUGAUGGCCGUUGAUUGCACGAAAGAGAAGAAUCCUAAAUAUUGCGUGUGUGCUCAGAUGGUCCUAAGAAUGAUGCAAGAGAAAGGAGCUAAACUGAGUGUUGUUCUCCUCGACAUGUGUCGUGUGGCUGCACCACAAAUUCCUAUUACAGAUAUGUCUGAAGUAUAUGAGAAUCCUUAUCCUGCAAGAAGUUAUCCUGGUUUCCACAUCUUUGGAUUCUCAUGCUCGCCUGCAGAGAAAGCCUAUGAAGUAGCUGCUGGAAGUGGAGACAGUCUUGAGAGUCAGGAUCAGCUUGGUCUGGUUGGAAAGGACAACAGUAUCUUUGUGGCUGCUCUAAAAGAGCACUUACAAGCCGAGAGAGGAUCACUAAAAGACACUGUGCAGUCUCUUUUCAAUGCUACUGCAAAGAGUGUUCACAAGCACAAACCAGUUGGGGCUGAGAGCCAGUGGCAGAGACCAGAAAUAUCCAGUAACUUGGCGGAAGACUUGUCAUUAGAUGAUCCAAUUGAUCUGACACUCUUACCACAGCAGAAAGAUAAGAGAAGCAAGCUCUGGAAAGAAGCACACACCAUUCCUGAUACAACAGUUGUAUCUACUGCUUAUGGGCACUUGGCCUUGCGUCUUAAAUUCAGAGCUGAGCACACCAACGUCCUCAUUGUACAAGCUGACGUGCUCCAAGGCUGCCUAGUGGAAACUGAAGUGGAGAAGAUGGACAUGCAACUGAUACUACAAGAGAGACCAGUCCCUUGGAUUCUAGCUAGUGCUAUGCCUGAUGGCCCAUCGUCUCCUCACAUGGCUGUUCAAAAGAGUAUUGCCAAGAAAAACCUCCUCCAUUUCAAGAUACCUGACCUCCAAAAGAUAACAACAUCCGAAGUGACACUCCGUAUUAAUGCUAGUUAUCGCUGGAGGGACACUCACAGCGAAAAGUGCAACUGGCAGUUUCAAUCGGACGAGAUUAAUUACCGCAUGGCCCCUCCUCUGUAUGGCAAGAUCACUACACACGAAGAAGAGAUGCACAUUAAGCAGAUCCAGCAGCAGCCUCCUCUACCUCCCCCUCCUCAUUUCAUUACUUCUGGUCCACUCCUUCAUAAUUUCCCUAUGAAUCAUUAAUCUUGCACCCGCGGCCUUCUUUUGUGUUUGGAGAUUUUGAGACUAUGUAGUACUGUGUUUGUAUGCAAAGCAUUUUUCAUUUUAUUAUUAUUUGUAUUAUUGUUUUUGUUUUUCAAAAUCAUUUACUACGGUACUCGUUUUUACAACGACCAAAAAA